AUGAUAUGCAUAGUCGGGCUGCCUGACUCGCAAAUAACUCCCACAUCUCCUGCAGCUAGUCCGCAACAACCUCACUCUAAAACCUUGCUGGACGCCCAGGAGAUGACUGUGUAUUGUGAUAAUUUCAGUAUGUACCACCAACAGAACCCUCUCAGCACUCAGCGGUCCAGCGGAUACGGGUUGGGGGAAUAUACACCUUCAAACCUCUACCUUUGGCUAAACGGUUCGGGCAUUAACUCCUCAGCGUCCUACCUCCACGGAAACAAUUCUGUUUCCUUCAUGCCACCAUCCUACGGCUCCCAGCGGCAGUUCCUUUCCAAUCCAUCGGGGUUUGCGGAAGCAGACCUGGGGUGGCUGUCCAUAGCGACUCAGGAAGAGCUGCUUAAAUUGGUACGCCCCCCUUAUUCCUACUCGGCACUUAUCGCUAUGGCUAUCCAGAGCACACCCGAGAAAAAACUUACCCUCAGUCAGAUUUAUCAAUACGUUGCGGGCAAUUUUCCUUUCUACAAAAAGAGCAAAGCCGGCUGGCAGAACUCCAUCAGACACAACCUCUCGCUGAACGAUUGUUUCAAGAAGGUGCCAAGAGACGAUGACGACCCAGGAAAGGGAAAUUACUGGACUUUGGACCCAGACUGUGAGAAAAUGUUUGACAACGGAAAUUUUCGGAGAAAGAGGAAGCGAAGAUCAGACUCCACUGACGGGACCUCAGGCAACGGUAAAAUUGAGGAAGCCUGACCAAUGUGCUCUGUGAAGUCCUCCGAAAGUCCUCCAAUCACGGAGCCCUCUUCUCCAGUCCAGGGAGCAACUGACAAGGAGCGUAAGAAUACCUCGCCAACAUCUGCGCUCUACCUUAAUAACUUUUUCAGCAGUAUGUCGGCCACCGGGUCGACCAGCUGGUAUGGGUCUUUAGGACUAGUGCACGAACUUUCGAGUCGGAACAUCACAGGGCUCAGUCCAUACCAGGCUAAUUCUGCUCAGGACAACAACGGCACCGACCUAUCGGACAGCACGCACAUGAACCGUGGUGUCUAUUACAACGCGCUCAGCGGACUGCACUGUGGACAGUUAAACGGCCAUUUCUAUAACAGCUUCACUAUGAACAGUUUGAUAUAUCCCAGAGAAGGAACUGAGGUGUAGUAGUAUAACCGUAACUCUGAUCGGGGCCUGUUUACAAGUAAUCUGUGAUAUCACAGUCUGGUCGUAUGAGGUCAAGCUCUCGGGCAAGAUUUCCCACAACGCCCUCCUCUGUCCUUUCGUUGCCCAUGAAAAAGAACAAAGCAACUCAUUAAUGUACUCGACGAA